UUGGAGCAAUUACUUGACCAGAAAACAACCGUCAAUCAUUCUUAAAGGGGAAGGAGUCCAAUUAAUAAACCUCUUAAACCCUUUUGGUUCUACAUCGACUGCCUUGCGAGCUUCUGGUGUCCCGUGCGGUUGAAGGAGAGUUUUGUCCACUCAGAAAGACAUUCCAUCAGGUUGUAAGACAGGGGGUCCAGCACUGAUUUCUUUGCUCACUUGGGCACAGGGGAUUCUCAAGGACUUAAUGGGGGAGUAGCGAGUGCCUUACAGUAGCCAUCCCGAGUGUCUUUGGCUGUCAUUUGUCUACUUAUGGACUGGUGAGUCAACAAGCACACAGCCUAGCCUCUGCAGCACCAUCGUGAUAGAGGCUAACAACAUAAAGUCUGGGACAUUUUUGCUUCAACUUUUCGAAGCGAGACUGGAAGAGGGCCGUUCUCCGAGGCCUCACUCAUUAUCCCCGGACCGCCGAGGAGAGAGAACUUAACAGCACAGUCGCACCUUCUUUCCUCCGGAUCGCAUUUCAUCGCUCAUCCCGACAUACUUUUUUUCUGUUCUUAACACGAAGAGGAUCACUCUCUCGGAUGCAUUUGUCAAUGGAUACCCUCGGAAUGGUGGACGAUGGUUGCCUGGACAACUACGACAUGUCAAAGGGUGUGGGUUUGAGUGGCGGGGGCCGGGUCCACAGCAUUGACGUGAUACUGGGAUUCAGCAAAGACCAGGACCCGCUGCUCCAGCACGCUGGGGAAGUCCACGACCACAAGGUGAACGGAGGCAACCAGGACGACCCUGAGAAGCAGGCGUCCUCCGAUCCGUACAGACACCUCUCAGACCUGGGCGACAGCACGGAGCAUUCCACUUUCGAUGAGUCUGGCCUUUUCUCGGGGGAGAAGUGUGAGGAGGGGAUGGGUGAGCUUCCGAAGGACUUGGGUGACGACGGGGGUUCCCCGGAGCCUUGCAGAGACGACGACCACCCUAAGAAGAAGCACCGGCGAAACCGCACCACUUUCACCACCUACCAGCUCCACGAGCUGGAGAGGGCCUUCGAGAAGUCCCACUACCCGGACGUCUAUAGCCGGGAGGAGCUGGCCAUGAAGGUCAACCUGCCAGAAGUCCGCGUUCAGGUUUGGUUCCAAAACCGCAGAGCCAAGUGGAGGCGCCAAGAAAAGAUGGACACCAGCAGCAUGAAGCUCCACGACUCCCCCAUGCUCUCCUUCAACCGCGCCCCUAUGCCCUCCAGCGUGGGCCAGAUGGCCAACAGCAUGCCCCUGGAUCCCUGGCUGGCCUCGCCCAUGUCCAGUUCCGCACCUCUACACUCCAUGCCCGGGUUCAUGGGUCCGCCUCAAGGCCUGCAGCAUUCCUACUCCAGCCACGGCUUCCUAAACACCCCUCCGGGGAUGGUCCAGGGUAUGCAGUCGAUGCCCCCUCCUCCCUAUCAAUGCCCGCCCAGCUUCAAUGACAAGUACCCCAUGGAGGACGAGAGGAGUUCCAGCAUCGCAGCGCUAAGGAUGAAGGCCAAAGAGCACAUUCAGUCCAUGGAUAAGACAUGGCAGCACAUGUGAUCCGCUGGGAAUGCUAAAGCGUGCAGAAUGGAUCUUAAAGCUGCUCCGGUAAAUGUUUACAACAAAAUGUUGGCGGGUAUUUGGGGAUGUUCCUCUGAAGAGGAGAAUGGCAUCACCUUGAAUGUUUUGGACGUUUUUUUGAGGAUAAUGGGCAACUCUCAAAAUUAUAGAAUGGAUUUUAAAUAUUUUGAAUGCUGUAACCUUGUGAAGAACAGUUUUGGACUUACGUCACAAAAGAUUAUCACAUUCCGACAUGACUAUUUCGUUUUUUUCUCAUGGACUGUAACCUUGUAGGAAAAUUAUUGGUUAAUGGUUUAUGUUGAUGAGGAUGAUACAACCUAUAGUAGAGGAGUAUGGUGAAGGAAUAUGCAAAUUGUGUUUGAUUAAUUGCUAGUACAUUGGCUAGGCAUAUAUUACGUGGAGAUGUACGAUAUAUACAUUGAGAGUUAUGAUAUCAAACCCUCAUUAAUGUCAUAUUACUUUUAAUUGGAUUGUAAUGAAUUACCUGAGCUCCCUUGCCCCCUUGGCCGGUUGACAAUCCCUGUGCUUAUGAUCCUCGAUACCAGACUUCUGUAGAUGUUUUGGUUUAGCAGGGGUAUCUACACAAUCUAUUGGCCAUAUUUUGGUCAAAAUAAAUCACAAGCUACUCUACGAAAUCAGCUUCAAAUCACAUGUCUCAAAGAGUAUACUAAUAAGUGAGAUUUGGAGGUUUAUAACUAUGACUUAACAUUCAUUUAUAGAAUACGAAACUUUGGUAGUUGGAGCUUAUUCAAAUUACUUUUUUGUGAAUAUUGCCCCCCUCCCCCUUUGUGGUAGGGGCGGGUGGACAAAGUCACCCAGCACAAUCUGUCUCGGAGGCUAAUUUAAGCAGACAAGCAUACCUCUUAACACCUAAUCACCGGUUUUAAAGCGAUUAACCCCAGUUUCUCAAUGUCCAACAAAAUGCCCUCAGAAGGCCCCCUCCCCUGUCACUCCUAUCAGGGUUUCAGUUUGCUCUUGCAUACUCUUAAUUAGCAUUCCAUUAAAGUCCAUUAAUUACAUUUUUAUUGGUAAAUAUUGCUCCUUACUGCAUUCUUUUCUUACGUUAACCAGAGAAACAUGGAUUUUGGGUGGAAGAAUAUACAAGUGCUGGCAACCUUGCCUACCUCUAGGAAGAAGCACUGGUUGCCUUUGUUAUAGGAUCACAAUGUUUAAAGUUGGAUUAAUUUGCACUGACGUUGCACACAGACAAAGGUAAUUGGCCAGGGUGUGUGUGGGGGUGAGUGUCUGUGCAGAUGCAAUCCUGAUGGGUCAUUCACUUAACCAAUGUGGAAGCAUCGUCCGUCUAUCGUUCAUCUCGUGAUAGUCCUAAGGCUGAUUGUAAGCCUUCUUUUAUUUUCCCUUUAAUAUGAAAAAUAAAGUAUUCUCAGCACUCUAAAUAAAAAUUAAAAUUAUUUGCUAGGAAAAUAAUUUGUGCAAUCUUUGUACUAUUAAACUAAAGAAAAGAGAAAUUAAAUUCUUAUUGUGCAUGUUAAAACAUGUACAGUACAAUGCUGCUCAGCAAUUGAUCCCUGACAUUUGCCGUACAUAAAGGCAUUUAGAAAAAGCAAGAAGUUUGUGUUUGCUGUAAAUAUAUUUUUUUUAACUUUUUGUGUACAUUUUUUUACUUUAUUUGCUAUAACAAACCCUGUUUGUAACAGUGGACCACAAAAGCCAAAGAAAAAAUAACCUAUGGACAUUUAUAUACAAAUAUACAUGGAACUGUGAAAGUGUUUAAGAUGUUAUUAAAUUAAACUGCUUAUUUUGCAGUUUUCUAUCACACCACGUUUCUUUAGACGUUUAUUUUCCUUAAAUCUGUGUGCAAAAGAAAGGCAAUAAAGAUUGGUUUGUAACAGAA